AUGCACGGCGCUCCUAUACUAGAGAAAACUAAGUUAACUUUUAAAAAUAAUCACUUUAUUUCAGAUAAACUAUUUCCAUACCUUCGGACAUUGAACAAAGAAUACGGAGAUGUUUUUCAAAUACAUGCUUUGAAUGUUGGGUUUGUGUGUUUCUUUGAUCUGGACAAUCUUGAGACAAUUUUAUCGUCAGUCAAGUUUACCGACAAACACUUACCAUAUAAAUUUUUGAAUCCUUGGCUCGGAGAAGGACUUCUUACUAGUCAAGGUCAAAAAUGGCAUCAACGGCGAAAACUGUUAACUCAAGCGUUUCAUUUCAACAUAUUAAAACAAUAUUCGGUAACGUUUGUUGAACAAACUGAGAAAUUUUUGGAUCGACUACAAGAACGAGUUGGUGAAAAAGAAACAGACAUAGUACCUCUGAUAAAUUCUACAACACUUCAUGUUAUGUGCGAAACAGCAAUGGGGACAUCGAUGAGUGAAACUAUGGAGUCCGUAACAAGAAAGUAUUUUAGAGCGAUAGAAAUCGUUGGAAAGGCAGUUAUUGAAAGGAUGUGUAGAGUAUGGUUACAUAUAGACGGCAUUUUUAAUUGGUCUAAUAUUGCUAAAAUUCAAACAAAAGCGCUAACAGACUUACACACUUUCACUAAUAUUAUUAUAAAAGAACGAAGGACAUUUUUGGAAGAAAACGAUAUUAAAUUUUUCGAAAACACAGAAAGUUAUGAUAACAAAGGGAGAUUAGCAAUGUUGGACUUGCUCCUAGAAAAAGAAAGGUCGAGAGACAUUGAUGUAAGCGGUAUAAGAGAGGAAGUGGAUACAUUUAUGUUUGAGGGGCAUGAUACAACAGCGCAGGCGUUAUGCUAUUUAAUGAUGAGUCUCGCUUAUGAAACCCAAGUGCAGGAGAAGAUAUAUGAGGAACUAAAAAACAUUUUUCAAGAUUCUCCACGUAAACCUAACACAGAAGACCUUAACAAAAUGAAAUAUCUAGAAUGCUGUAUAAAAGAAUCUUUGCGGCUCUACCCCAGCGUCCCCGCAGUACUAAGGAAUGUUUCUGAAGAGACUACUAUAGGUGGAUACAUAAUACCUCGGAACACACAGAUCUAUAUAUCUAUAUACGAUCUUCAUCGACGAGCUGAUAUCUACCCAGAUCCAGAACGUUUCAUCCCUGAGAGAUUUCUUCCGGAAGCCUGUUCCAAGCGACACCCGUACGCCUAUAUUCCUUUUAGCGCUGGGCCUAGGAACUGCGUUGGUCAAAAAUUUGCUAUGUUGGAGAUGAAGAUAUUAAUAUCUUCCAUGCUAAGACGCUUUCGCCUCGAGGCUGUGACCAAACCCGCUGAUCUUAAAUUUAAAACUGACAUUCUAUUACGCACAGUAAAUGAAUCGAUUUUAGUGAAAUUUUACAAUAGAGAUAAAUUAUUUUUGUAUUUGCAUUCACUGCAUAAGAAUUAUGGAGAUACAAAUCAGAUCCACGCCAUUAAUAACCGAACUGUGGGUUUCCUUGAUCCUGAUAAUAUUGAGACAAUUUUAUCAUCAAUCAAAUUUGCCGACAAAGAGGUUCCAUAUAAUUUCUUGAAACCAUGGCUUGGAGAAGGUCUACUUACUAGCCGAGGUCAAAAAUGGCAACAGCGGCGGAAACUAUUAACUCCAGCAUUUCAUUUUAAUAUAUUAAAACGAUAUUCAGUUACGUUUAUUGAACAGACAGAUAAGUUUUUGAAUGAAGUCCAAGAAAGAGUUGGUGAAGAACAAACGGACAUAGUGCCCUUGAUAAAUUCAACGACUCUUCGCAUUAUGUGUGAAACCGCAAUGGGUACAUCGAUGCAUGAAAGUUUUGAAUCAGUAGCUAGUAAAUAUUCCAAAGGCAUAGAAGUAUUUGGAAAUUCAGUUGUCGCAAGAAUUUGCAGAGCUUGGCUACAUUUUGACUGCUUUUUCAAGUUAUCAAAUGUUGCGAAAAACCAAAAUGAAGCAGUCAAAGACUUGCAUUCAUUUACAAAUAAAAUAAUUGAAGAAAAAAGAUCAUUUUUAAGGCAACUAAAUAUUGAAAAAUUUGAGAGUGGUGAAAAUUUCAUUCAUAAAGGAAAAUUGGCAAUGUUAGAUUUGCUUCUACAAAAUGAAAAACUUGGUACCAUAGAUAAUAACGGUAUUAGAGAGGAAGUUGAUACAUUUAUGUUUGAGGGACAUGAUACAACGGGACAAGCAUUAAUUUUCUUAAUAAUGACGCUCGCUAAUGAAACUAAAAUUCAAGAAAAAAUAUAUGAUGAAAUACGACUUAUAUUUGGGGACUCCCAACAUCCACCAACGGCAGAAGAAAUAAAGAAGAUGAAAUACCUAGAAUGUUGUAUUAAGGAAUCCUUAAGACUUUAUCCCAGCGUGCCAAUGAUAAUAAGAAAAGUAUCCGAAGAAACGACCAUAGGUGAUUAUACGAUACCUAAAAAUAGCCACAUUCAUAUACUUAUAUACGAUCUGCAUCGUCGUGAGGAUAUCUACCCAGAGCCAGAGCGCUUCAUCCCUGAGAGAUUCCUGCCUGAAGCCUGUUCCAAGCGACAUGCGUACGCCUACAUACCGUUCAGCGCUGGACCCAGGAAUUGUAUUGGGCAAAAAUUCGCUAUGUUGGAGAUGAUGACGUUGGUAUCAUCCUUGUUGAGGCGAUUUCGUCUUGAGGCUGUGACUAAGCCCAGCGAUCUAAAAUUCAAAGCUGAUAUUUUACUACGCACCAUUAAUCAAUCGAUUUACGUUCGAUUUCACAAUCGAUAUUAAUAUAAAUGAUACGAAUAUAUUUUGAUUUAACUUA